AUGGUGACUGACUUUGACGAGAAGCAUGACCAACAUUUAGUGUUGCUGCAGCAGAGAAACAGGAUUUUGAGGCAUCUCCAGAGGAAAGACCCUGUCCAGAUUCAGUUGGAGCAGUUGGAGCAGGGUUUUACUCUGUAUGUGAACGGAGCCCAUUCAGAGCCGAGCACCGGACGCAAGAAAGUCAGCUUUCAGCACGCUUCCCGAAGUGGUACACGAACAGCACGGACAAACGAUGCUGGCCCAAGAGCCCCACUGAGUGAAGGAGACGCCCAAGGAAGGAGCACACAGAGCGCCCCAAGUAACAUCCAGCGCAGAGAAUGGCUGCAGAAAGCCGUACGGAUCAAAACAGAAAGUGGGUGUCAGCUCCACGUUGCCCCUCCAGUGGAGUACUCUGAUGAUUUCGAACCUUACGAAAGCCUUGACCUGGAGACAAGCGAUUGUGAGCAGCAUGGUCCUUCCCAGAGCCUCAAGACUCGUGAAGGCACAGCCUCCAGUGGCUCCAUUCCAAAGACAGAAAUAACUGUGGGAGAGGAUGCCGAAAAGGAAGGCCCACUUCUCAGCCUCAGCGGAGUAGAGGAACUCCGGCAGAGCUUGGCAUUAGAUGUGAGCCAGGAAAGCAUGGAGGAAGACUGGGGGGAUGCAGCCCCCCCGGAAUUGUCUGAUGGGGAGGACUCAGACUCUGUGGAAGAGGACGUGCCCGCUGAGCCCUCCGUGACAGAAGAGCUGGUUGACGCUUCCCAGGAGAGCCUGGAGACCUUCCACCUGGCUGCAGCCACCUCUCCAGCAGCUGGGAGACGCUGCGGCCUGUCUGCUGAUCCUCUCAUUGUGCUGGAAUCCAAGGCUAACUCUCCAAGCCUGAAGAAGGAACGAGUGCUUUCUGCCCAAAGGAGGGAGAAUGCUGAAUCCUACAUCCCCACCAAGCCUGUAAUGGUUAAGAGCCAGACCAUCCGUCCCCUCUCUGCCGGGGGUCUGAAGCAAGAAGGACAGGAAGCAGCACCCUCCAGGCCAGCCAGCCGCUCAGAGAGGCCACUCUCUGCAACUCGGAAAAACAUGUGUGAGAAGAAGGACCCUGUACACGCUGCUUCCCUUGUCCUGAAAGCCAUGCAAGCAGAAAACGAGCUCCUCUGCAGGGACCAGGAGGCUCCUCUGGGCUCCCAGCCGGAGCAAGCAGCCCCUGCAGAGCGGCCGUCCUCGUCUGCUUCUGCAGCUGCCAAGGCUCCCCCGAAGCAACCGGAAGGAAGAGCAAUCUCCUCGGCUGUCGACAGGAUCGGCCUCUUGGGAAGCAGGCCACAGAAGAAGCUCCAGGAAGUGCUGCAAGAGGCUGAGCGCCCGUCAGCCUACCACAACACUCCAGUUCCAGUUUCUGUCCAGCCGGAGCCUCAAGCCCUGGACCAGCUAGGAUUGGGGCGAGAGGUCCGGGAUGCCAUUUAUAUCACCCUGGAGAUCCUCUCCAACUGGGGGAGUCCCCUGAGGGUGGGCCUGACAGAAGUGGAGUUCUUUGACCUGCACAACGGGAAAGUGUUUGUGUCUCCUCACGAUGUGGACAUCAGGCAUGCUGACUCACCCGGUGACCUCUGCCGCCUGGUAAACAGGAACCUGCACGUCAGCAAAGACCCUUGCCCUUGGACAUGCCCUUUCCAGCCGCCGGUGCAGCUCUACUUCAUACUCCGAAACCCCAGCCUGUCAGGUGACUUUGGGAUAUCCAGGAUUAGGAUUUGGAAUUACUACACGCCCCUCCUUGGUGAUCUGGAUACAGGAGCCAGAAACGUCACCGUCUAUGUGGAUGGAAACCUGGUUUUUGCUGGGGAAUUGCCAAAGAGCUGUGGGACUUCUGACCCUGAGGACAGCAUUACCAUCGACCUCCGGAGGAGCAGCCCCCUUCCUCCUGAAGAAGAGGAAGGAAGAGCUUGGAGCCAGGAGCCAGGCGGGCUGCCAUUGAAUCUGAACUCUGCUGCAGAGGAAAACUGCCCCAAGGAAACAGUGACCCCCGCCAGCCUUGAUGAGGUCGAAGAAUGUCCCCCGGUGCCUUUAACCUCUGUUUCUGUGGAAAAUUUUAAGGGCUCUUCCUCUCCAGAGAUCCCAGAGCUCAUCCAUUCUGAGGAUGAAUUUUCUCUGAGCGAGCAAAUGGACAGACUCUCGGGCAGAAAAAUGACUCCGAUUCUGCCCUCUUCCUGCACAAAGGACAAGAGCAAAGGCAGCUCCUGUACGGAAAAGCUGCCUUUGUGGCUUGAAUCGGAGCCGCCUUUGGAUGUCAGAGUCCAGCUGUCCCCUGUGAACAGGAGGAGGGUCUCCCUAGAGACAACAGGUGAGGACCCCCCUCUCCAUCCUGCUGCGUUUGAGAGAGGCAGCGGCAGUGGGGUCGCAGGCGCUGACAUGAAACCACCGUUGGCACGACCGGCAUCUGCUGCUGAUGUGGAUUUUAUGAAUGUGCUGUCCUGCCAACACAGUGGAGCACCCGAGCAUGUUUCUCCUGGGGGAGAGAGAGGAAAAGAAGACUCCCGCAGCGACGGUGGUGGAGGUGAAGCUCCCCGUGCCAGAGAUGAGCCUCCCUCCACCAAAGGCCAGAGGCCCUCUCGAGCCAAGUGGGACGGCGCCCGGGAGCACGCUCUGCAGGAGUCGUGGAACUCCCUCCUGAAGUUCAAUCAUUCCCACCGUGGUCGGAUCUCCAACAUGGAUUUCCAAGGUGACAUCUUGGAUGAAUUUCUCCACCAGCAGAAGAUCAGCCAGCAAGGAGAGCUUCCAGUCCGGGCGAAGGACCCUGAUGCCACCCUCGUGCUGCCGCAAGGAGAGACGUGCCUGGAGCUGGACGAUGGGAACGAGUUCAAAAUCCCGGUCUUGCCUUAUGGGCAGCACUUGAGAAUAGACAUCCACUCGACCUGGGGAGACCGGCACUACGUGGGCCUUAACGGGAUCGAACUGUUCAGCUCUGAAGGAGAACCCAUCCGGGUUGCCAAGAUCAGAGCCAACCCGCCCGACAUCAACAUCUUGCCCGCCUACGGCAAAGACCCCAGGGUGGUGGCCAAUUUGCUGGACGGGGUGAACAGGACUCAAGAUGACAUGCAUCUCUGGCUGGCCCCCUUCACCCCCGGCAAGUCCCACCGCAUCUCUUUGGACUUUGCGAAGCCUUGUGCGGUGGCCAUGAUUCGCAUCUGGAACUACAACAAGUCUCGCAUCCACUCCUUCCGGGGCGUCAAGGACAUCACCAUGCUUCUGGAUGAGCAGUGUAUCUUCAAAGGCGAAAUUGCCAAGGCUUCUGGGGCCCUCUCUGGAGCUCCAGAGCAAUUUGGAGACACCAUUUUGUUCACAACUGAUGACGAUAUUUUGGAGGCCAUAUUCUGUUACGAUGAGACCUACGACAAGAAAGCCAGGAGCGAGAGCAGCCUGCGGUAUGAGGAGGAGCUGAAGAGGCCAAGAACUGCCGACGGGGAGGGGGACGAGCGGCCCUUCACUCAAGCUGGCUCAAGGGCCGAAGACCAACAGAGCCGAGAGCAAAGCCCCGGGCCCAAUUCCAUCCUCGAGAGGGUGACCAAGGAGCCUGGCAUCUACACCGGGAAGUGCCUUCUACUGAACUUCACCGCUUCUUGGGGAGACUCGCAUUACCUCGGACUGACGGGGUUUGAGGUGGUCGGGAAGGGCGGACGAGCUCUGCCGUUGACUCCGAAUCAGAUCUCAGCCUCUCCUCGGGAUCUGAAUGACCUUGCAGAAUACACGGAUGACUCCAGGACCUUGGACAAACUGAUAGAUGGGACCAACAUCACAAUGGAAGACGACCACAUGUGGCUUAUUCCCUUCAGCCCUGGAGAAGAUCACAGACUUAUCAUCCAGUUUGCCAAGGCUGAAAACGUUGCAGGGCUCCGCAUCUGGAACUAUAACAAAUCUCCAGAGGAUACAUACCGAGGGGCCAAAGUGGUCCACGCAUCGCUGGACGGCUGCUGCAUCUCCCCUCCAGAAGGCUUCCUUGUCCGCAAAGGGCCCGGCAACUGCCACUUUGACUUUGCUCAAGAGAUCCUUUUUGUGGACUACCUGAAGGGCCCGCCCAUUGCUCCCGCUUGUGAGAGAAUGGAAGUGAAGAAGGCGGAGCAGGCGAGCCUGGACUACGAAGCUCCUUUCAUGCCUUGUGGCUUCAUCUUCCAGUUCCAGCUUCUAACAAGCUGGGGUGAUCCGUAUUAUAUUGGUUUGAAUGGACUGGAGCUGUAUAACGAACGUGGAGAGAAGAUUUCUCUCAAUGAGAACAACAUUGCAGCUUUCCCAGACAGCGUUAACAUCCUAGAUGGUGUUUGCGGAGACAUCCGGACCCCAGAGAAGCUCAUCGACGGGGUGAAUGAUGCAAAUGACGGGAGGCACAUGUGGCUGGCGCCCAUUCUCCCUGGCUUGGUGAAUCGGGUGUACGUCAUCUUUGACCUGCCCGUGACGGUCUCCAUGAUCAAGCUGUGGAAUUAUGCAAAAACUCCACACAGAGGCGUGAAAGAAUUUGGACUCCUGGUGGAUGACUUGCUCGUGUACAACGGGAUCCUGGGCAUGGUGAGCCACCUGGUCCACGGCAUCCUCCCGACUUGCGAGCCAGUUGUCCCGUACCACACCAUCCUCUUCACGGACAAUGAGAAGCUCUGCUGCCAGGAGAGGAACACUGUUCUCAGCAAUCACAUCGAAGAUCAGGAUGUGCGGCUGAUGAACGACAACCGGGUGGUGGCCUACUCCAAGAAGAGGCCGGCUGCCGCUGACCCAGCCCUUCGUCCCAAGACCUGCAUGCGAGAGAAAGGAGCCCUGCGCAGGACCAGGAGGUGA